GUCUUUGUCAUCGGGUCUGGCCCUACUCGCCCCUGAAAAAGUCAUCACUACCAAAGUGAUUCCUCAGAGUGAGCACACCUUCCACCCUGAGGCCUUACUGAUCCUCUGUGUGGCAGAUGUGACCAGUUCCUUGAUCCAAGCUUUGCAAGGCGCCGAGUCCAACCUCAACGCCAUUGAGAACGACCAGCGAUGGGCAACUUGUCAGGCCAACCAGAGAGAUUGGAACUGUCAGAGAGUUCG